AUGGCCCGGCUGUUGCUUCUGUCGAUGCUGGCGGUCACCUUGCCGGCUGAAGCGUCUGAGGCACCCGAGACUUGUGCGACAGCGUGGGUCCAAUGCGGCGGUACCGGAUGGACAGGCCCGACGUGCUGCGACUCAGGCUUCAGCUGUUCCCAGAUGAACUCCUGGUACUCCCAUUGUGUGCCGAAGGGGUCCAUCCCAGAACAGACACAACCUGUUUCUCUAGCCGCUUCCGAAAUGGUUGCCGACGAGUGCUAUCACAUGUUCAGCGAGCUCAGCUUCAACACCCUGGUCCAGUCUUUCCCCGCUAAUCCUGAUAGUGAAGCAAAAGCUUACGUCGACUGCAAGCUCUGCAGCCAAAGUGGCAUGCAGUGCACGGCCAAUGUCUUCGGUGGUCGCACUCAGCUCGUUGCAUCACACAUUCACCUGGCCUCCGACGGCGAUGGUGAGAAUGGUUCAGGCCCUCCAGUGAUCAACUUCUGCGGGGACAACGGUCCUGGAAUGUCUCCUUGCGCACACUAUAAGAACCGUGCUGCCGUGAUGUCCAUGACGGGCAACUUCGUUGACGGGCAGAAUGCGGGCUUCACAUUGGGAUCCCGGUUGAAAGACAUUGCUUCCAACCCGUCAAAGUAUUACUUCAACUUCCAUUCCAUUGCCAGCUGGACGCACUGGCAGGUCGAGGGCAAGGGUCCGGUAGGAAUGUGCCGCGGCGUGAUGCAGAUGAGUCAGAGGAGGUUGGGCUCUGUGCUCGUGUAG